CCUGUCUCUUCUGCGCGUGUGCGACCGGAACGUUCGCGAAGGUUCGUGAAACAGCGCGGGCCGUUUCCGGAAGCCGGCAGCCGGGCGAUCAAGUCACCCUGGGGCUGGUGAUCGGAGAGUGUAGCCUGCACGGUGUAGCGGUUCCAGGCGUGUGUGCUUGACCCGGAGGACUACAUGGCUCUGCUGUGCUACAACCGCGGCUGCGGCCAGCGCUUCGACCCCGAGACCAAUGCGGAUGAUGCUUGCACAUACCACCCAGGGGUUCCCGUCUUCCAUGACGCCUUAAAGGGUUGGUCUUGUUGCAAGAGAAGAACAACUGAUUUUUCUGACUUCUUAAGUAUUGUAGGCUGUACAAAAGGUAGGCAUAAUAGUGAGAAGCCACCUGAACCUGUCAAGCCCGAAGUCAAGACUACUGAAAAGAAAGAACUCUCUGAAUUGAAACCCAAAUUUCAGGAGCACAUCAUUCAAGCCCCUAAACCAGUAGAAGCAAUAAAAAGACCAAGCCCAGAUGAACCAAUGACAAAUUUGGAAUUAAAAAUAUCUGCUUCCCUAAAACAAGCUCUUGAUAAACUUAAACUGUCAUCAGGGAAUGAAGAAGAUAAAAAAGAAGAAGACAGUGAUGAAAUUAAGAUUGGGACCUCAUGUAAAAAUGGAGGGUGUUCAAAGACAUAUCAGGGGCCACAGAGUCUAGAAGAAACCUGCGUAUAUCACUCUGGAGUACCUAUUUUCCAUGAGGGGAUGAAAUAUUGGAGUUGUUGUAGGAGGAAAACUUCUGAUUUUAAUACAUUCUUAGCCCAAGAGGGCUGUACAACAGGGAAACACGUGUGGACUAAAAAGGAUGCUGGGAAAAAAGUUGUUCCAUGUAGACAUGACUGGCAUCAAACUGGAGGUGAAGUCACCAUUUCAGUGUAUGCUAAAAAUUCUCUUCCAGAACUUAGUCGAGUAGAAGCAAAUAGUACAUUGUUAAACGUGCACAUUGUAUUUGAAGGAGAGAAGGAAUUUCAUCAAAAUGUGAAAUUAUGGGGUGUGAUUGAUGUUAAGCGAAGCUAUGUGACUAUGACUGCAACAAAGAUUGAGAUCACCAUGAGAAAGGCUGAACCCAUGCAGUGGGCCAGUCUGGAAUUGCCCACAACCAAAAAGCAGGAAAAACAAAAAGAAGAUCUUACAGAUUGAUUGAGAGAAGGAAAAAAGCUGUUGUCUAUUUCUGAGUUCAUGUGUGGCGAAGUGGUAGCUUGCUGCUGUAAUCUUUUGUUUUGUUUUUUUCAUUUGAAUGACAUUUCAUAGUCUACAUGGGGUUCUUAAAAGCCAAAGUCAGUUCAAUUUUUUUGUGCCUCCAGUCUUCCUUUUGAGUUCCAUAAUACUGGGUAUUCAUUUCUCCUCAUUGUAUUACCAUACUUCUUACCCUUACUUGAAGAAAUGAGAAGACUUCACAAACAUUUCUUAUGGAAAAAUAAGGGAUAUUCGGUUGUCUCCCCUUCACCCACAACAUGUCUUUUCACCCAUAAUUUAGAAAGCAAGAUGGAAGGUCAAAUUUUAAUUGUGUCCCCCCCCCAAUGGAUCUUGUUCCUAUACUUGAAAAUCGUUUCUGUUAUUUCUUCUGUGGAAUGGUUACUUUUUUAAGGCUAAUUCUGAGGUAGUGCAGUAAGCAUGGGGAAUAAGGGAACAUAUGAAUUGGCUAAGAAGUAACAAUUUAUUUGCAGUUACCUUGAUUACAUCAUUAUCUGUACCUGCUGCACAAUAUGGUUUAGGAGUAUAGAAAGCAACUAAGAAUAUAGAGGUAAUCAACAUUUUAUAAGACCAAGCAAUAAUGUUUAAAAAUAUAUUCCUGAUUACUUAAAGGUUUUGGUGUUAAGACUAAAUUUAACCUGUUUUGUAGUCUAAACCCUCUUGGUUUCAUAUGUGUGUGUGUGUACAUACAUACGUAUAUGUAUACACACACACACAUAUAUGGUUUCCCUGAUGAAAAACUAUAUUUGGAAACAAAGCUGUUUGUUGUGCAUUUAAGGGAUGUGUUGUCAUUUGGCUCUGGGAUGUUCCUACAGCCUCAUUUUUUGAUCACUUGGUCUCCAGCUUAUUUGAGGCACUACUUAGAAGUCUGUGGAGGUGUUGAAUCUGGCUGGCACAAGUCUGCCACUGGGAGCAGCCCAUGAGGGUUACACUCCUUGGCUGGCUUCCUUAGCAACCUGGUCAGGGCCAUGUGAAGAGCCUUUGUCUCAUGUUCCUGCCACUGUGCCUUCCCAGCCACGAUGAACUGUACCUUCCUAAAAGAGCCAAAAUAGAUCUUUCCUCCCUUAAGUUGUUUCUGUUGGGUGUUUUGGUCAAGGUAAAGGGAAAAGUAACUAGUAGAUUAUGGGAAAACCAAAAAUAAUAACUUUGCUUUAUGAUACCAAUUACCAAUAGUAAAUUAGCUUAAAUCUUUUGAUGUCAUUUAAAUUAAAGCUUUCAUAAACAACUUGACAGUUUUGUUAUAUAAUAUUGAUUAUAUGUUAUUUCAUUUAUGUUAUAGAUGACAUGGAAUUUUUAUGCUAAUUGGAACCAUUAAUGAAUAUAUUACUUCCUGAGGCAGAGCUCAAGAAUAAAAUUUAAGUUAUUUUGUUGUGAAGGUCAAAAAAUUCUUGCAAAACUUAAUGAAGUAAAAGGGGUUUUCUUCCCAAACUCUUUGGUAUUAAUAGACUUUAGAUAAGUUUUAAAGCCAAAGCAUUGUUUUAGUUAAUUAAGAGUUUGUACAUAGCAUGCCGCUUUUGUUAGCAAAUAACUGUUAGAGAUAUAUAAUUACUUAAAGGCCUAGUUCUGUCACAGUCACACCAACAAAAAUCUGAUAACCAGGCUCUGAUGACAUUGAACAUGGCAAGAAACCUUCAGCAUUAAAACUUGAAUCCAGAUAAAGUACUUCAGUGUAUAAGUAGUACUGAGAAAGGUACUUGAGUUUUUACAGGGAUCUGAUUUAGAAACGGCAUGAAGUCUUGUUUACUGUUUGGGGAAAGAAGUAGAAGCCUUUUAAUUUAAUACUGAUGACACCCUGCUUACUGCUUCUGAAGGCUGUUUUCCCCUAAGUAACUUAAUCUGUUAGAAUUAAACUAUUAAAAGCAAGUGACAUUACACUAACCUCAGACUUAGUUACAAAGCAUUGUUGUUUUUUUUUGUUUGAUACAACUAUGGAUUGUAGUUAAUUGUGACCAUUUAACCUGUUUCUUAUUUUGAGAACCUCUCUGAAUGUUGCUCAGAUAAAAAUUAAGAUUUAUCUUAGACUCAUACAUAAAGGGACACAGUCUUUGUUAGGGUCUUUUCUGUUGGUUUGUUUUUGGGUUUUGUGUGUGUGUGUGGUUUAGUAUGUUAAUUUGUCAAAAUAAAAAGUUAAUAAAAAUGCUUAAUUCUGUCAGGCAAUUUCUGUAGAACAUAUGCUUUGUCUUUCUUAAUAACUACUAUAUCCAAGCAGUCAAACCUAGGCAUGUAGUAGUGCACAUUCCCCACUUUUUAACAUCUUACAAAAUCAUAGAGCAUUUAAUUUAAAGUGUCUAUUUUUAUUGGAUCUCUUAAGGGUAGUUCUUAAAUACUUCUCUUAGGAUUAAGCCAGUGAAUACCAACAGUGAGCUGAAAUCAGCUGUUUACAGGAAUAUGUAACCUAGGAUCAUAUAGGUGCACUGACAAUGGGCUGCUUUGUAAUUGAUAUUUUAUGCUAGAGAUUUUACUAAGUAUAACAUGUUUGAUUUUCUUAGCUCUUUGGAGUAAAGAGAACUAUUGAAGUAAUCUUGAAAAUAUUUUGUGAGAGCUUAAGAUUGCUCUUCAACCUCCAUGUUAAAAACAAAAGUCAUUCCCAAGCCUGAUAAUUUGGAUCUUGCAUACAUGCACAAUAAACUUGAAAGUUCAUUUAUGA